UGGCGCAUGCCCAGUAACUCUCUCGUUUUAUCAACUCGCAGCUCAAUAUCUCUCAGCAAUAUCCAUGGUAAACUGUGAGAGGCCCUACGUUUCAUCAAAUUGACUGGUGUUAGUGCUUAUCGGCGUGAUAGUUGCGGAGCUCAAGCAGAAGGCAGGGAAGGCCAAAGAUGCGAGUGUCACAAUGAUGGUGAACACAAGGGACAAAUAUUCCAGUGUUCCCUCUUCAAAAACGAAUUGGGAUCCUAACUGGAAGCGUGCACCUCCACCUGCUCCAGCAGGAUCGUCGGGUAAUGGGCCUUCACCGCCUCCACUGCGAUCACGUCCAGAUGCUUCUGGAAGUACGAGAAGCUCUGUUGUUUCACCUCCUCCUCCCUCGGCUCACGGCUCACGGUCCGGUGCUCCUUCCUCACCAUCGUAUAGCCAUAUUUCUCCUCCACCCGCACGCGCUACGAGUUCUUACCGAUCGCAGAUGGCGGGAUCAGCAGAUCCAGUGAAUCACAUAGAUUGGGCGAAUUUGUCACAGGAAGACAAGGAUGAAUUUUUUAGUUGGCUGGACGAAUUUUUCUCUAGAUAUCUCGAUAUCGCUCUGCCUUCCGGGCGCUCAUCUGCAGGAAUGAAAGGAAGCACUGCGGUCACAGUACAGUCUGGACCUCCGGUGUGUAUCAGUAUGAUGACAUAUUUCAUGCCAGCUGACUGAGUUGAUUCUGCCGCACAGCCGGUUAAUCUCAAUUCACGACCGUCCUGGUGAAUGACCACCUUUAUUUGGUACUGCGCCUCCGUACUGUUUGUGAACCGCUCCCAUGGAAUCUUCGCCUGACUACUACAAGCGCUCAUAAUAAUCCGCAUUUAUGGAGCUCGAAAGAUUAAUGC